GUCUUUCCCUCUCCUGUUCCUCUGCACAGUGUUUUUUUUUCCUUUAGUCGGUGCCUGCCAAUAACUUCAACAGAUGCCAUUCUCUGCACUGUUUCUUAAUAGCAAACUGCAGUUUUCUAAAUGCCUCAAGGAGAUAGUGAGGCUAGACUGAAAUUCUUUUUCAUCUAGAGACAACAUAAAUUCUGCACAAGAGAGACUGUGGAAAGAUUACGUCAGACCUACAAGCACGAUUGCUACAAUGUCUCAUCGAAUACUUCCACUCCUUUUUACAACAAUUCUGUGCAUUACGCCAGGUCUCUGUCAAUCCAAUUCGGACGAUGCUCAGUCACUUCCUAUCCCAGAAAUUAUGGACAUUCUAAAUGUGAUCGAUACAAGCCUAGACGAUAUCGUCGUGAGAGUUCGGAGGCUGCUGGACGAGGCAUCUGAUGGUAGGGAGACUCGGAUCGUAUCGAAACAGAUUUCGGAAGUGUGCGAGGUGUACUUAAGGACGACUUCGAAUCUUCAACAACGAGUGCGUAUCUUGUUGACGGAGAUCGAGGAGAAGGGGAGGACAGGGGGGACUGACUCGGACAUCGCGGAUGUCAAUUGGAUACUGGCCAGAACGAUGGAAGUUGUGAGGAACAUGGAGUCGAUAUUGGUUCGCACUAAGGCUCAUCUGUCUUCUAAGGAGACACACGGGGAUCUGCAGUGGGUUCUGACAAACUUGGAGGAUCUGAAGAGCGAAGCUGAUUAUCUGAUUGGUUUUGCGAGGUCUCGAUAUAGCACGGACG